GACAUGUCCGCCAGAGCAGUGACGUCCCAAUGAAUUCUCCUGCGUUUUUGUUGUUAAAAUGUGUUAAACCAUCACUGAAUUCACAAUAAAGGAGUGUUUCAUAGCUCUGACACCAUGGGAAAGAAAGAUAAAAGUGAUCGAGAUAAAAAGUCCAAGAAACGUUAUUAUGAUGAGGAAGAGGAUGAUGAAGAGGUGAUCGGCAGUGAGUCUCAGGAGGCCGUUCCAGCAGCUGCUGGGAAGCAGGUGGAUGAAUCCACCACUAAACUGGAUGAAUAUGGAGCCAAAGACUAUAGACUACAGAUGCUUCUCAAGAAUGACCACUCUUCACGGCCUCUAUGGGUGGCUCCUGAUGGUCACGUCUUCCUAGAGGCUUUCUCUCCUGUGUAUAAAUACGCUCAGGACUUCCUGGUGGCCAUAUCUGAGCCGGUGUGCAGACCUACCCAUGUGCACGAGUACAAGCUGACGGCGUAUUCUCUAUACGCCGCUGUGAGCGUUGGCCUCCAGACCUCUGACAUCAUAGAGUACCUGCAGAAACUCAGCAAGACCUCUGUGCCAGAUGGCAUAGUGCAGUUUAUUAAGUUGUGCACAGUGAGCUACGGUAAAGUCAAACUGGUCCUGAAACACAACAGGUACUUUGUGGAGAGUGCGUUCCCUGAUGUCAUUCAGAGGCUCUUACAAGAUUCUGUGAUUCGGGACUGUCGUCUUCGGUCUGCUGAGGGUGAGGAGACUGAGCUCAUCACUGAGACCAUCACUAGCAAAUCAGCAAUCUCAAAGUCUCAGCAGGACAAUGGUGGUCCAUCCACCUCCCAGCCUUCAGAUGGGCAGCGCACAGGAAAUCAAGUGCCAGAGGACAUCUUCAGUUACUACGAACAGAUGGAUAAAGAGGAGGAGGAGGAGGAAGAGACACAAACAGUGUCAUUUGAGAUCCGUCAGGAAAUGAUAGAGGAGCUUCAGAAACGCUGCAUUCAGUUGGAGUAUCCCCUCCUGGCCGAAUACGACUUCCGUAAUGAUACGGUGAACCCAGACAUCAACAUGGACCUGAAGCCCACUGCUGUGCUUAGACCAUAUCAGGAAAAGAGUCUGAGGAAGAUGUUUGGAAAUGGCAGAGCUCGAUCUGGAGUCAUCGUCCUGCCUUGUGGUGCUGGUAAAUCACUGGUAGGCGUCACUGCUGCCUGCACAGUGCGUAAACGGUGUCUGGUGUUGGGAAACUCCUCCGUGUCCGUGGAACAGUGGAAGGCUCAGUUUAAGAUGUGGUCCACCAUUGAUGACUCCCAGAUCUGCCGUUUCACUUCAGAUGCAAAAGACAAACCCAUUGGUUGCUCUGUGGCCAUUAGUACCUAUUCUAUGCUGGGCCACACCACCAAACGCUCAUGGGAGGCUGAGAGGGUCAUGGAGUGGAUGAAAAGCCAGGAGUGGGGACUCAUUAUACUGGAUGAGGUGCACACAAUUCCAGCAAAGAUGUUCCGUCGUGUUCUGACGAUAGUCCAGGCUCACUGUAAACUGGGUCUCACUGCCACACUAGUGAGAGAGGAUGAUAAGAUUGUUGAUCUUAACUUCUUGAUUGGGCCGAAGCUCUAUGAGGCCAACUGGAUGGAGCUCCAGAACAAUGGUUACAUUGCUAAAGUCCAGUGUGCUGAGGUAUGGUGUCCCAUGUCUCCUGAGUUUUAUCGUGAAUAUGUGGCCAUAAAGACGAAGAAGAGAAUUCUACUCUACACCAUGAAUCCCAACAAGUUCCGUGCAUGUCAGUUCCUGAUCCGUUUCCACGAGCGGAGAAACGACAAGAUCAUCGUUUUUGCCGACAACGUCUUUGCUCUGAAAGAAUAUGCCAUCCGCCUGAACAAACCAUAUAUUUAUGGACCCACAUCUCAAGGAGAACGUAUGCAGAUCCUUCAGAACUUCAAACACAAUCCCAAAAUCAAUACCAUCUUCAUCUCCAAGGUAGGAGAUACUUCAUUUGACUUGCCAGAGGCAAAUGUGCUAAUCCAGAUCUCCUCUCAUGGCGGUUCUCGACGUCAGGAAGCUCAGAGACUGGGCAGAGUGCUGCGAGCCAAGAAAGGUAUGGUUGCAGAGGAGUACAAUGCUUACUUCUAUUCACUCGUCUCCCAGGACACACAGGAAAUGGCUUAUUCCACCAAGAGACAGCGCUUCCUGGUGGACCAGGGAUACAGUUUCAAGGUGAUCACAAAGUUGGCUGGAAUGGAAGAGGAAGACUUGAUGUUUUCCUCUCGUGAGGAACAGCAACAGCUCUUGCAGAAGGUUCUGGCAGCAUCAGAUCUUGACGCAGAAGAGGAAGUGGUGAUGGGAGACGUGGGAGGGAAACCACAGUUUUCUCGCCGUAUGGGAACUAUGAGCUCCAUGUCUGGUGCAGACGAUGCCGUCUACAUGGAAUACCAGACAUCCCGCGGUAGCAAGGCUUUAGCCGGCAAGAAUGUCCAUCCUCUGUUUAAACGUUUCCGCAAGUGAUCUCACUCAUCUGGAUAGCAUCUGGAGACAUCGGCCCAAACAACGCACUCCCUGGAUGGCCAACAUUAUAAUAAAAGACACUUAAUGGUUUCUUGUCUUAAUGGGAGCCAUUUAAAGACUGUGAGAAAGAAGCAAAACUGCUGUCAUUUCAGAAAGACUUAAGAAUCUAAUAUGUAUAGUAUUACAAACAGGAUGUUUGUAUUUAUCAGAAUAAUUAGUUUGAACCUUUUUGUGAGAAACAGAAUUGUAAAGAAAGAUGUUUGUACAGUAUGUGACAGCCAAAACAAAACCUGUUUUUGAAAAGUACUGGUAAAUUUUUAUCAAAUAAAAUGGACUUUGGUAACUUACCAAGAUUCUAUACAUUUAUAUCAGUGCAUUAGGUAUCUUAAAGGGAUAGUUCACCCAAAAUUCUCAUCAAUUACUCACCCUUAUGUCGUUCCAAACCCGUUAGACUUUCGUUCAUCUUUGAAACACAAAUUAAGAUAUUUUUGAUGAUAUCCAAAAGCUUUCGGGCCCUGC